AGAGAGAGAGGAACAACCACCUACCAAGUGCCAAACUUGAGGCCAAACUCUCUCCUCCCAUCUCAUUCUUUCCUACAUGGGCACUCGGAUGGGUUUGCAGACGGAGCUGUAACAGACCGCACUGAGCCAGAGAACUAAGACGGACCCUCACAUCACGAGAUAUCAAAGAAACGUUACAGAGAAGUCUACAAAUAUCCUCGCAGCAGACUUUUCUCUUCAUCUGACCAGCUUUAAAAAAGCAGAGAAGUGCAAUGGCGACACCCAAAAACACUCCCCGCGGAGCAAACACACCACUGUCCCCCAACCGGAUCACCCGGCUCCAGGAGAAGGACGACCUGUGCAACCUCAAUGACCGACUGGCCGUCUACAUCGACAAGGUGCGCUCUCUGGAGGCCGAGAACGCCGGCCUGCGGAUGCGCAUCACGGAGUCAGAGACGGAGGUGACCCGGGAGCUGACCGGGCUGAAGGCGGCGUAUGAGACCGAGCUGGCCGAUGCUCGCCAGACUCUGGACUCUGUGGCCAAAGAGCGAGCCCGUCUGCAGCUGGAGCUGGCCAAGCUGAGGGAGGACUACAAGGAGCUGAAAGCCAGGAACACCAAGAAGGAGUCGGAGUUGAUCGGAGCGCUGCAGAGGCUCAAAGACCUGGAGGCUCUGCUGAACUCCAAGGAUGCGUCCUUGACCACGGCUUUAGGAGAGAAGCGUAACCUGGAGGUGGAAAACAGGGACCUGAAGGCGCAGGUUGCCAAGCUGGACACCGGAUUAAACGAUGCCAGGAAGCAGCUGCAGGAGGAGAUGCUGAGGAGGGUGGACGGAGAGAAUCGAAUACAGACCCUCAAAGAGGAGCUGGAGUUUCAGAAGAACCUCCAGUCUGAGGAGCUGCGGGAGGUAAAACGGCGUCAUGAGUCUCGUAUGGUCGAGUUGGACAACGGACACCAGCAGGAUUUCGAGAGCAAGCUGGCUGAAGCGCUGGUGGAGAUGCGUAGUCAGCACGAUCUGCAGAUCAAAAUGUACAAAGAUGAGAUUGAGAAGACCUACAACGCAAAGCUGGAAAACGCCCGUCUGUCGGCCGACAGGAGCAGCCACCUGGUUGGAGCCACACACGAGGAGCUCCAGCAGACUCGAAUGCGCCUCGAGUCAGUGUCGUCUCAGCUCAGCCAGCUGCAGAAACAGCUCGCAGCCCGCGAGGCAAAGAUCAGGGACCUGGAGGACGCGCUGUCUCGGGAGCGGGACACCACCCGCCGCCUUCUGGGAGACAAAGACAGAGAAAUGGCUGAGAUGAGGCAGCGAAUGCAGCAGCAGCUGGAUGAGUACCAGGAGCUCCUGGAUGUCAAGCUGGCCCUGGAUAUGGAGAUUUGUGCUUACAGGAAGCUGCUGGAGGGAGAGGAGCAGAGGCUGCGCCUCUCCCCGAGCCCCCCGCCCGCCAAAAUGACAGGAAGUCGUUCCUCUUCUUCCGGAGCUCACGCUCGAUCAGUUCACUACACUUCUCCGAACUCUGCUGUGAAGAGACGCCGCCCCAACGACACAGACAGUGAGGCUUCCAGCUUCGCAGGCGGCGCUUUGGCCCGGACUCGCAUCACCCAGCAGGCCUCAGCGAGCGGACGCAUCACUGUGGACGAGGUGGACCUGGACGGGAAAUACAUCAAACUCAGCAACAAAUCCGAUGAGGAUCAGAAUCUGGGGAGCUGGCAGGUGAAGCGGCAGGUUGGAUCCGGCGCCGCCAUCUUCUUCAAGUUCCCGGUGAAAUUCGCCUUGAAGGCCGGACAGAGGGUCACGAUCUGGGCGUCUGGUGCUGGAGGAACCCACAGUCCUCCCACGGACCUGGUGUGGAAGACUCAGGCCUCCUGGGGCACCGGGGACCUGUUCCAAACCACCCUGAUCAGCGCCAAUGGAGAGGAAAUGGCCAUGAGGAAGGUGACGCGCACACAGUUUGAGGAAGACGAUGACGACAUGCAGGUUGCUCACAGCACCUGUGGGGACAGCGAGUACAACCUGCGGAGCCGGACGGUGGUCUGCGGCUCCUGUGGACUUCCCUCGGACAAAUCCGGCAACUGCUCCGUGACGUCUGCUUCCCGCUCGUACCGCAGCGGAGGAAUCUCCGAGGGUUUACUGCCGCAGUCCUACGUGUUCAGUGCCAGCACGCCUCGCAAGACUGGAACCAGACUGGAGAGCUGUCCGAUCAUGUGAGCCGGUGUGGAUCCACCUGGAAACACUUCAUCUGUUUUAGUUAUUAAUUAGUUACCAGUUGAUGUUAUUUAGUUCAAAUCAUGUACUUUGGAAUAUUUUCAAGAUACUGAAUGCAAUAAAACUUUAUACUGCUUUUUUUUAUAAUGUAAAUAGGCAUGCUUAUGAUAUACUGUCUUGAAUUCCAGUGGUUAGUGAAGCAGUCACCUUUGUUUGAGGAGGGGACAUUUCUUCAUCUCGCAGUAAAAGAUGAAACUACCAUCUGCUUUACCAGCGUCAAUCUGCUGUACCCACUUCUAUAAUCUAAAAAGAUGAUGAUAAUCAAAGCUAUAUCCGGUUGAUAAAGUUAUACAUUUUUACUCUAGUGCUAUUUGUAUCACCUUUCAUUUAGAUUUUCACGACGCUCUGUCAACAUGCUGAUGCAACAGUGUUGCAGUACAUCGUUUUCUUUAUUACAACAAAUACAUUUAAUUUUUUUUCUGGAUUUAAACAAAGUUAAACACCAAACUUGCCUUAAAGCGACAGGAUAUUUUGUAUUUUUGCUGAGAUGAAUAAACAUGUUUUCAGAUCUUG